GGCCACAACCGCCAGUCAGGUCUCUCCCCUUCCCCUCCCUCCCCCCUCCCUCCUCCUCCUCUGCCGCCCAGAGCGAGACACCAACAUGGAGCCCGAGGAUCUGCCAUGGCCGGGCGAGCUGGAGGAGGAGGAGGAGGAGGAGAAGGAGGAGGAGGAGGAGGAGAAGGAGGAGGAGGCUACAGCGGCUGCGGCGGAGGCAGCGGCCGCGGCGAACUUGGACGACGUCGUGGUGGUGGCGGAGGUGCAGGAAGAGGCGGGGCGGGAGUUGGACUCCGACUCUCACUACGGGCACCAGCAUCGGGAAAGUACAGACGACGAGGAGGACGAGGAGGACGAGGAGGCCAAGGCCUGGCUGCAGGCGCACCCCGGCAGGAUUUUGCCUCUGCCUUCGCCUCCGAGGCACCGCUACUCGGAGGGCGAGCGGACCUCCCUGGAGAAGAUUGUUCCAUUGACCUGUCAUGUAUGGCAACAGAUAUUAUAUCAAGGCAAUAGUAGAACACAAAUUUCUGAUACUAAUGUGGUCUGUUUGGAAACAACAGCUCAGCAGGGUUCUGGGGAUGAUCAGAAAACAGAAUCUUGGCAUUGUCUUCCUCAAGAAAUGGACCCUUCCCAAACCUUGGAUACAUCCCAGACCAGGUUUAAUGUGAGAAGAGAAGAUACUGAAGUGUCAGACUUCCCCUCUCUGGAGGAGGGUGUAUUGACCCAAUCAGAAAAUCAAGUAAAGGAACCCAACAGAGAUCUCUUCUGUUCUCCAUUGCUAGUCAUACAAGAUAGCUUUGCUUCUCCUGAUUUGCCUUUGCUGACCUGUUUGACACAAGACCAAGAAUUUGCGUCUGAUUCUUUAUUUCAUCAAAGUGAACUAAGUUUUGCACCUCUGAGGGGAAUUCCUGAUAAGUCUGAAGAUACUGAAUGGUCUUCUCGACCAUCGGAAGUUAGUGAAGCUUUAUUCCAGGCUACUGCAGAAGUAGCUUCAGACUUAGCAAGCAGUUGCUUUAGUGUAUCUCAGCACCCACUUAUAGGGAGCACAACUGUUGGGUCUCAGUGCCCUUUUUUACCUUCUGAACAAGGGAAUAAUGAAGAGACUAUUUCGUCUGUUGAUGAACUGAAAAUUCCCAAAGACUGUGAUAGUUAUGAUGAUCUUUGUUCAUAUAUGUCAUGGAAGACACGAAAAGAUACACAGCAGCCUGAAACCAAUUUAGCUGAUAAAGAUCAAGUUUCAGUUACAAGUUUAUCUGACAUAACCGAUGAAAACAUAGCUACUAAAAGAAGUGACCAUUUUGAUGCUGCUUAUUCAUAUGGGCAGUAUUGGAAACAGGAAGCUUCAUCUAAGCAGGCAGAAACAUACUUAACCAAGGGCCUGCAGGGGAAGGCUGAGUCUGACAUCAUUACUCUGGAUGGCCUAAAUGAAAACGCUGUUGUGUGCAGUGAAAGAAUUACUGAACUACAAAGAAAGCUACCAAGAGAGUCGGAAUAUUACUCUUCAGAUCUCAGAAUGUUGAGGAUGUCUCCUGACACUGUGCCAAAGGCUCCUAAACAUUUAAAAGCAGGAGAUGCUUCUAAAGGAGGCAUAGCUAAAGUUACUCAAUCCAACUUGAAGUCAGGCAUCACUACCACUCCUGUUGAUUCAGACAUUGGAUCUCAUUUAUCCUUGUCCCUUGAGGACCUGUCUCAGUUGACUGUAAGUUCUCCUCUAGAAACUACUACUGGUCAACACACCAAUACUCUCAACCAAAGGCCAUUAGCGGAUACUCAUCUAACUGAAGAGACUCUGAAAGUCACAGCUAUUCCUGAACCAGCUUACCAGAAGACUGCAACACCAACAGUACUCUCUAGUUCCCACUCACACAGGGGGAAGCCCAGUAUUUUCUACCAGCAGGGCUUGCCAGACAGUCAUCUAACUGAAGAGGCUUUGAAAGUUUUAGCUGCUCCUGGACCAACUGACCAGACAACUGGCAUACCAACUCUAACUUCUACUUCCUACUCACAUAGAGAGAAGCCUGGUAUUUUUUACCAACAAGAGUUACCAGAGAGUAACUUAACUGAAGAGCCUUUGAAAGUUUCAGCUGCUCCUGGCCCAGUGGAGCAGAAAACUGGAAUACCUACAGUAUCCUCUACAUCCCACUCACAUGGAGAGGACCUCCUCUUUUUCUAUCGACAGACCUUGCCAGAUGGUCAUCUAACUGAUCAGGCUCUGAAAGUUUCAGCUAUGUCUGGACCGGCUGACCAGAAGACUGGGACAGCAACAGUACUCUCUACUUCCCACUCACAUAGAGAGAAGCCUGGUAUUUUUUACCAACAGGAGUUCCCAGAUAGUCAUCAAACUGAAGAGACUCUUAAAGUUUCGUUCACUCCUGGACCAGCUGACCAGAAGACUGAGACACCAGCAGUACAGUCUAGUUCUUACUCACAGAGAGAGAAGCCUAGUAUUUUGUACCCACAGGUGUUAGCAGACAGUCAUCUAUCUGAAGAGGGUCUGAACGUUUCAGCUGUUGCUGGACCAGCUGACCAGAAGACUGGCCUACCAACAGUACCCUCUAAUGCAUACUCACACAGAGAGAAGCUCCGUAUUUUCUACCAACAGGCCUUGCUGGACAGCCAACUACCCGAAGAGGUUCUGAAAAAUUCAGCUGUUUCUGGACCAGCUGACAGAAAGACGGGGACACCAACUGUAACCUCUACUUCCUCUGUGUCCUCUUCACUUGGAGAAAAGCCUGGUGCUUUCUAUCAGCAGACCUUACCCAAUAGUCAUCUAACUGAAGAGGCUCUGAAAGUAUCAGUUGUUCCUGGACCCAGUGAUCAGAAGACUGGGAUACCCUCAGCACCAUCUAGUUUCUACUCACACAGAGAGAAGCCCAUUAUUUUUUCCCAGCAGACCCUGCCAGACUUUCUUUUCCCUGAAGAAGCUCUGAAGGUUUCAGCUGUUUCUGUAUUGGCUGCCCAGAAGACUGGGACACCAACAGUGUCCUCUAAUUCUCACUCACAUAGCGAGAAAUCUAGUAUUUUCUACCAGCAAGAGUUGCCAGACAGUGAUCUACCUAGAGAAUCUCUGAAAAUGUCUGCUAUUCCUGGACUGACUGACCAGAAGACUGUCCCAACACCAACAGUACCUUCAGGUUCCUUCUCACAUAGAGAGAAGCCCAGUAUUUUCUAUCAGCAGGAAUUGCCAGAUAGUCAUCCAACUGAAAAGGCUGUGAAAGUUUCAACUGGCCCUGGACCAGCUGACCAGAAGACUGAGAUACCAACAGUACAGUCUAGUUCUUACCCACAGAGGGAGAAGCCUAGUGUUUUUUACCCACAGGUGUUAUCAGACAGUCGUCUACCUGAAGAGAGUCUGAAAGUUUCAGCCUUCCCUGGACCAGCUGAUCAGACGACUGACACACCAGCAGUACCCUCUACUUUCUACUCACAAAGAGAGAAGCCUGGUAUUUUCUACCAACAGACCUUGCCAGAGAGUCAUCUGCCUAAAGAGGCUCUGAAAAUUUCAGUAGCUCCUGGACCAGCAGACCAGAGGACUGGCACACCAACUGUAACCUCAACUUUCUAUUCACAAUAUAGAGAAAAGCCCAGCAUUUUCCACCAACAGGCCUUGUCAGGUACUCAUAUACCUGAAGAGGCUCAGAAAGUUUCAGCUGUUACUGGACUGGGUGAUCAGAAGACUUGGACACCAGGAGUACUUUCUACUUUCUACUCACAAAGAGAGAAGCCUGGUAUUUUCUAUCAACAGACCUUCCCAGGUAGUCAUAUACCUGAAGAGGCACAGAAAGUUUCAACUGUUCCUGGACCAGCUGACCAGAAGACUGGGACACCAACUCCAACCUCUACUUCCUACUCACACACAGAGAAGCCUGGUAUUUUCUACCAACAGGUCUUGCCAGAUAAUCAUCCACCUGAAGAGGCUCUGAGUAUUUCAGUUGCCUAUGAACCAGUUGACCAGACAACUGGCACACCAACUGCAACCUCUACUUCCUACUCACAACAUAGAGAGAAGCCCAGCAUUUUCUACCAACAGUCGUUGCCAAGUAGUCAUCUAACUGAAGAGGCGAAGAACGUUUCAGCGGUUCCUGGACCAGCUGACCAGAGACUGGGACACUGGCCCUCUUUCUACUCCCUAGAAGCCUGGUAUUUUCUACCAACAGGUCUUGCCACAUACCACUCACACACAGAGAAGCCUGGUAUUUUCUACCAACAGGUCUUGCCACAUAGUCAUCCAACUGAAGAGGCUUUGAAAGCUCCUGGACCAGUUGACCAAACGAUUGGCACACCAACUGUAACCUCUCCUUCCAGCUCAUUUGGAGAGAAGCCCAUUGUUAUCUACAAACAGGCCUUUCCAGAUGGUCAUCUACCUGAAGAGUCUCUGAAAGUUUCAGUUGCUCCUGGACCAGUUGACCAGACAACUGGCUCACCAACUGUAACCUCUCCUUCCUACUCGCAACAUAGAGCAAAGCCUGGCAGUUUCUACCAGCCGGCAUUGCUAGGUAGUCAAAUACCUGAAGAGGCUCUCAGAGUUUCAUCUGCUCCUGGACCAGCUGACCAGACAACUGGCAUACCAACCAUAACCUCUACUUCCUACUCACUUGGAGAGAAGCCCAUUAUUAUCUACAAACAGGCCUUUGCAGAUGGUCAUCUACCUGAAGAGGCUCUGAAAGUUUCCAUUGUUUCUGGACCUACUGAAAGGAAGACUGAGAUACCAACAGGACCUUUAGGUUCCAGUGCACUUGGAGAGAAGCCCAUUACUUUCUACCAGCAGGCUCUGUUAGACAGUCCUCUAAAUAAAGAAGUUGUGAAAGUUUCAGCUGCUCCUGGACCAGUUGACCAGAAGACUGAGACAAUACCAGUAUAUUCUACUCCCUACUCAAAUAGGGGGAAGCCCGUCAUUUUCUACCAACAGACCCUAUCAGACAGUCAUUUACCUGAAGAAGCUCUGAAAGUUCCACCUGUUCCUGGACCAGAUGCCCAGAAGACUGAGACACCAUCAGUAUCCUCUAGUUUAUACUCACAUAGAGAGAAGCCCGUUGUCUUCUACCAACAGGCCCUGCCAGACAGUCAGCUAACUAAAGAAACUCUGAAAGUUUCAGCUGUUCCUCAACCAGCUGACCAGAAGAGUGGGUUAUCGACAGUAACCUCUACUUCCUACUCACACAGAGAGAAGCCCAUUAUUUCCUACCAGCAAGAGUUGCCACGUUUUACUGAAGCAGGUUUGAAAAUUUUAAGAGUUCCUGGACCAGCUGACCAGAAGACUGGAAUAAACGUCCUGUCCUCUAAUUCCUACCCACAGAGAGAGCAGUCUGUCAUUUCUUAUCAGCAGGAGUUGCCAGAUCUUACUGAAGUAACUUUGAAAGCAGUAGGGGUUCCUGGGCCUGCUGACCAGAAGACUGGGAUACAAAUAGCAUCCUCUAGUUCCUACUCAAAUAGAGAGAAGCCCAGUAUUUUUCAUCAGCAGGAGUUGCCAGAUAUUACUGAAGAAACUUUAAAUGUUUUUAUUGUUCCUGGACAAGGUGACCAGAAGGCUGAGAUACCAACAGUACCUUUAAGUUACUACUCACAUAGAGAGAAGCCUAGUGGUAUCUCUCAACAGGAGUUGCCAUACAGUCAUCUCACAGAAGAGGCUUUGAAAGUUUCCCCUGUUUCUAUACCAGCAGAGCAGAAGACUGGGAUACCAAUAGGACCGUCUAGUUCCUACUCACAUUCACAUAAAGAGAAACUCAAGAUUUCAACUGUGCACAUACCAGAUGACCAGAAAACUGAGUUUCCAGCAGCUACCCUUAGUUCCUACUCACAAAUAGAGAAGCCCAAAAUUUCAACUGUGAUUGGACCAAAUGACCAGAAGACUCCAUCCCAGACAGCUUUUCAUAGUUCCUAUUCUCAAACAGUAAAGCCCGAUAUUUUAUUUCAACAGCAGUUGCCAGAUAGAGAUCAAAGUAAAGGUAUUCUAAAGAUUUCAGCUGUCCCUGAACUAACUGAGGUGAAUACUGGAAAACCAAUACCUCUCUCUAGUUCUUAUUUUCACAGAGAAAAAUCAGGUAUUUUCAGUCCACAGGAAUUGCCAGGUAGACAUGUAACUGAAGAUGUGCUGAAGAUUUCAACAAUUCCUGGACCACCUAGUCAGAAAACAGUAUUACCAACAGCUCUUCCUAGUUCCUUUUCACACCGAGAGAAACCCGAUAUUUUCUAUCAAAAGGAUUCGCCAGAUAGACGUCUAACUGAAGUUGCUCUAAAGAUCUCAAGUGCUCUUGGGCAAGCUGAUCAAAUUACUGGAUUACACACAGUUCCCUCUGGUACUUACUCACAUGGUGAGAAUCACAAGCUUGUUUCAGAACAUGUCCAAAGGCUGAUAGAUAAUUUGAAUUCUUCUGACUCCAGUGUUAGCUCAAGUAAUGUGCUUUUAAAUUCUCAGGCUGAUGACAGAGUUGUAAUAAAUAAACCAGAAUCUGCAGGUUUUAGACAUCUUGGCUCUGAAGAAAUCCAGGAUGCAGAAAAUAGUUCUAAAACUCUUAAGGAAAUUCGGACACUUUUGAUGGAGGCAGAAAAUAUAGCACUGAAACGAUGCAAUUUUCCUGCUCCCCUUGCCCCUUUCAGAGAUAUUAGUGAUAUUUCAUUUAUACAAUCUAAGAAGGUGGUUUGCUUCAAAGAACCCUCUUCCACUGAUGUAUCUAAUGGUGAUUUGCUUCAGAGACAGCCAUUCACAGAGGAAAGCCCAAGCAGCAGGUGCAUACAGAAGGAUAUUGGCACACAGACGAAUUUGAAAUGCCAGAGAGACAUUGAAAAUUGGGAGUUUAUUAGUUCAACUACAGUAAGAAGUCCUCUACAGGAAGCAGAGAGCAAAGUCAGUAUGGCAUUAGAAGAAACUCUUAGGCAAUAUCAAGCAGCCAAAUCUGUAAUGAGGUCUGAACCUGAAGGGUGUAGUGGAACCAUUGGGAAUAAAAUUAUUAUCCCCAUGAUGACUGUCAUAAAAAGUGAUUCAAGUAGUGAUGCCAGUGAUGGAAAUGGUUCCUGCUCGUGGGACAGUAAUUUACCAGAGUCUUUGGAAUCAGUUUCUGAUGUUCUUCUAAACUUCUUUCCAUAUGUUUCACCCAAGACAAGUAUAACAGAUAGCAGAGAGGAAGAGGGUGUGUCAGAGAGUGAGGAUGGUGGGGGUAGCAGUGUAGACUCACUAGCUGCACAUGUGAAAAACCUUCUGCAAUGUGAAUCCUCACUGAAUCAUGCUAAAGAAAUACUCAGAAAUGCAGAGGAAGAGGAAAGCCGGGUACGAGCACACGCCUGGAAUCUGAAGUUCAAUUUAGCACAUGAUUGUGGAUACUCCAUUUCAGAAUUAAAUGAAGAUGACAGGAGGAAAGUAGAAGAGAUCAAGGCAGAGUUGUUUGGUCAUGGGAGAACAACUGACUUGUCCAAGGGUUUACAGAGUCCACGUGGAAUGGGAUGCAAGCCAGAAGCUGUAUGUAGUCACAUUAUUAUUGAGAGCCAUGAAAAAGGAUGUUUCCGGACUCUAACGUCUGAACAACCACAACUAGAUAGCCACUCUUGUGCUUUCAGAUCUGCUGAACCCUCAGAAAUGACCAGAGGACGUCAGAGCCCAUCAUCAUGUGGAGCCAAGCACGUCAACCUUUCUGCAUCCUUAGACCAGAACAACUCCCAUUUCAAAGUUUGGAAUUCCUUGCAGUUAAAAAGUCAUUCCCCUUUUCAAAACUUUAUACCUGAUGAAUUCAAAAUCAGCAAAGGUCUUCGAAUGCCAUUCCAUGAAAAGAUGAACCCUUGGCCGUCAGAAUUAGUAGAACCUGCUUUUGUGCCACCUAAAAAAGUGGAUUUUCGUUCUUCAACACAAAUGCCAUCCCCAGAACCCGUGAAAAAGUUUACUACCUCCAUCACUUUUUCAUCUCACCGACAUUCUAAAUGCAUUUCCAAUUCCUCUGUUGUUAAGGUUGGUGUUACUGAAGGUAGCCAGUGUACUGGAGCAUCUGUGGGGGUAUUUAAUUCUCAUUUCACUGAAGAACAAAAUCCUCCUAGAGAUCUUAAACAGAAAUCCUCUUCCCCUUCAUCAUUUAAAAUGCAUAGUAAUUCACCAGAUAAAGAAGUGACUAUUUUAGCAGAAGGUAGAAGGCAAAGCCAAAACUUACCUGUUGAUUUUGAGCAUUCUUGUCAAGAAGAAAAACCCUUAGAAAGAUCAGAUUUUACAGGCAAUCAUUCUGAGCCCAGUACCAGUGCAAAUUGUAGCAAUUUCAAGGAAAUUCAAAUUUCUGAUAACCAUACCCUUAUUAGCAUGGGCAGACCAAGUUCCACCCUAGGAGUAGGCAGAUCGAGUUCCAGACUAGGAGUAAAAGAGAAGAAUGUAACUGUAACUCCAGAUCUUCCUUCUUGCAUUUUUCUUGAACAACGAGAGCUCUUUGAACAAAGCAAAGCCCCACAUACAGAUGACCCUGUGAGGAAACACCAUUCUCCCUCUCCUCAACAUCAGGAUUAUGUAGCUCCAGACCUACCUUCUUGCAUUUUUCUUGAACAACGAGAACUCUUUGAACAGUGCAAAGCCCCAUAUGUAGAUCAUCAAAUGAGAGAAAACCAUUCUCCCCUUCCUCAAGGUCAGGAUUCUAUAGCUUCAGACCUUCCUUCUCCCAUUUCUCUUGAACAAUGCCAAAGCAAAGCGCCAGGUAUAGAUGACCAAAUGAGUAAACACCAUUUUCCCCUUCCUCAAGGUCAGGAUUGUGUAGUGGAAAAGAAUAAUCAACAUAAGCCUAAAUCACACAUUUCUAGUAUAAAUGUUGAAGCCAAGUUCAAUAAUGUGGUCUCCCAGUCAGCCCCAAAUCAGUGUACCUUAGCAACAUCUGCAUCUACUCCUCCUUCAAAUAGAAAAGCACUUUCUUGUGUUCGUAUAACUCUUUGUCCCAAGACUUCUUCCAAGUUGGAUAGUGGAACUUUAGAUAAAAGAUGUCAUUCAUUGGAUGCUGCUUCUAAAGCGAGGAUGAAUAGUGAGUUUAACUUUGACUUACAUGCUGUAUCUUCGAGAUCACUGGAACCAACCUCCAAAUUAUUGACCAGUAAACCUGUAGUACAGGAUCAAGAAUCUUUAGGUUUUCUAGGACCUAAAUCUUCACUGGAUUUCCGAGUCGUACAGCCUUCUCUUCCAGACAGUAACACUAUUACUCAGGACUUGAAAACUAUACCUUCUCAGAAUAGCCAGAUAGUAACCUCAAGGCAAAUACAAGUGAACAUUUCAGAUUUCGAAGGACAUUCCAAUCCAGAGGGGACCCCAGUAUCUGCAGAUCGAUUAUCCAAGAAGAUAAAGACUCCACUUUCUGCUUUCUCUGAAAAACUGUCAUCUGAUGCUGUCACUCAGAUAACAACAGAAAGUCCAGAAAAGACCCUAUUUUCAUCUGAGAUUUUUAUUAAUGCUGAAGAUCGUGGACAUGAAAUUACUGAGCCUGGUAACCAGAAACUACGCAAAGCUCCUGUCAAGUUUGCCUCAUCAUCUUCAGUCCAGCAGGUUACUUUUUCUCGUGGCACAGAUGGUCAGCCUUUAUUAUUGCCAUAUAAGCCUUCUGGUAGUACGAAGAUGUAUUAUGUUCCACAAUUAAGACAAAUUCCUCCAUCUCCGGAUUCCAAAUCAGAUACCACCGUUGAAAGCUCCCAUUCAGGAUCCAAUGAUGCGGUUGCUCCAGACUUCCCAGCUCAGGUGCUAGGCACAAGAGAUGAUGAUCUCUCCGCCACUGUUAACAUUAAACAUAAAGAAGGAAUCUACAGUAAGAGGGUAGUGACUAAGGCAUCCUUGCCAGUGGGAGAAAAGCCCUUGCGGAAUGAAAAUGCAGAUGCCUCAGUUCAAGUGCUAAUCACUGGGGAUGAGAACCUGUCAGACAAAAAACAGAAAGAGAUCCACAGUACAAGGGCAGUGACUGAGGCUGCCCAGGCUAAAGAAAACGAAUCUUUGCAGAAAGAUACUGCAGAUUCCAGUGCUGCUGCUGCUGCAGAGCACUCAGCUCAAGUAGGAGACCCAGAAAUUAAGAACUCGCCAGACACUAAAGCCAUUACACAGAAAGAGGAGAUCCAUAGGAAGAGGACAGUUCCCGAGGAAGCCUGGACAAGCAAUAAAGAAUCCCUACAGAUCAAUAUUGAAGAGUCUGAAUGUCAUUCAGAAUUUGAAAAUACUACCCAUUCUGUCUUCAGGUCGGCAAAGUUUUACAUUCAUCAUCCCGUACACCUACCAAGUGAUCAAGAUAUUUGCCAUGAAUCUUUGGGAAGGAGUGUUUUCAUGAGACAUUCUUGGAAAGAUUUCUUUCAGCAUCAUCCAGACAAACAGAGAGAACACAUUUGUCUUCCUCUUCCUUAUCAAAACAUGGACAAGACUAAGACAGAUUAUACCAGAAUAAAGAGCCUCAGCAUCAAUGUGAAUUUGGGAAACAAAGAGGUGACAGAUAUUACUAAAAGUCAAGCUAGAGAUUAUCCAGAAUAUAGUGGACAAAUUAAUGAUCCAAAAAGGGAUCAGAAGGUCACCCCAGAGCAAACAACUCAACACACUGUGAGUUUGAAUGAACUGUGGAACAAGUAUCGGGAGCGACAGAGGCAACAGAGACAGCCCGAGUUGGGUGACAGGAAAGAACUAUCCUUGGUGGACCGACUUGAUCGUUUGGCUAAAAUUCUUCAGAAUCCAAUCACGCAUUCCCUCCAGGUCUCAGAAAGUACACAUAAUGAUAGCAGAGGGGAACGAGAUGUGAAGGAAUGGAGUGGUAGACAACAGCAGAGAAACAAGCUGCAGAAAAAGAAGCGAUUUAAAAGCCUAGAGAAAAGCCAUAAAAACACAGGAGAGCUUAAAAAAACCAAGGUGCUUUCUCAUCAUGGAGCUGGGAGGUCUAAUCAAAUUAAAAUUGAACAGAUUAAAUUUGAUAAAUAUAUUCUGAGUAAACAGCCAGGUUUUAAUUAUAUAAGCAACACUUCUUCGGAUUGUCGGCCCUCAGAGGAGAGUGAGCUGCUCACAGAUACUGCCACCAACAUCCUUUCCAGCACCACUUCUACUGUCGGAUCAGAUAUAUUGACCCAAACAGAUAGAGAAGUGGCUCUGCACGAAAGGAGUAGCUCUGUUUCCACUAUUGACACUGCCCGGUUGAUUCAAGCUUUUGGCCGUGAAAGAGUAUGCUUGUCACCCAGACGAAUUAAAUUAUAUAGCAGCAUCACCAACCAACAGAGGAGAUACCUUGAGAAGCGGAGCAAACACAGCAAGAAAGUAUUGAAUACAGGUCAUCCCCUAGUGACUUCUGAGCACACCAGAAGGAGACGCAUCCAGGUAGCAAACCAUGUGAUUUCUUCUGACUCUAUUUCCUCUUCUGCCAGUAGUUUCCUGAGCUUGAACUCUACUUUUUGCAACAAGCAAAAUGCACACAUGUUAAACAAGGGCAUACAAGCAGGUAACUUGGAGAUUGUGAACGGUGCCAAAAAACACACUCGAGAUGUUGGGAUAACUUUCCCAACUCCAAGUUCCAGCGAGGCUAAAUUGGAAGAGGACAGUGAUGUGACUUCUUGGUCAGAAGAAAAACGUGAAGAAAAACUGCUCUUUACCAGUUAUCCUGGAGACAGAAAGUUAAAAAAGAACAAGAAGAAUUCCCAUGAAGGAGUUUCCUGGUUUGUUCCUGUGGAAAAUGUGGAGUCUGGAUCAAAGAAGGAAAAUAUGCCCAAGACUUGGGGCCCUGGCGUCUCCUGGUUUGAACCAAUAACCAAGACCAAGCCAUGGAGGGAGCCACUGCGGGAGCAGAACUGGCAGGGGCAGCGCCUGGACGGUCGGGGCUCCCUGGCAGGCCCAGGCAGAGAGGAUGGCAGAGACCCACUGAAGCCGUUUGUGAGAGCAACCCUGCAGGAAUCGCUUCAGUUUCACAGACCUGACUUCAUCUCCAGCUCUGGGGAGCGGAUAAAGCGCCUGAAGUUAAUAGUCCAGGAGAGGAAGCUGCAGAGCAUGUUACAGAGCGAGCGGGAUGUGCUAUUCAAUAUUGACAGGGAACAGCAGGGCCACCAGAAUCGCAUGCGCCCGCUGCCCAAGAGAGUCUUCCUGGCUGUCCAGAAGAGCAAGCCUAUCAGCAAGAAGGAAAUGAUUCAGAGGUCCAAACGGAUUUAUGAGCAGCUUCCAGAAGUACAGAAAAAGAGAGAAGAAGAGAAGAGAAAAUCAGAAUAUAAGUCAUACCGACUGCGAGCCCAGCUAUAUAAAAAGAGAGUGACCAAUCAACUUCUGGGGAGAAAAGUUCCCUGGGACUGACACAAGUUUAUUUUCCUCAGAGCCUUGGAAUUCUAUUUUAUGAACCUAGAGAAGCACAAUCCUUACUUUUGUGAGUCUGAUUGAAUAAAGCUUAUUCUUUGUCCUUGUGUACUUCAGAAAUAGUACCUUCUAAAGAGUCUGGAGCAGAGUGGUGAUUAAAUUUCCUAAUGGUUUGGGAGCAAUACUUUCUUCAUAGUGGCCUGUCCAUUGGGCUCUGUGUUACAAUGAUAUAAUCAGUUCUCAAGAGUGAGUCCCUUUUUGUAUGUGUUUUUAUACUUUUAGAAAAUAAAAACUUUAGAUUAA